UUGCGCGCCCUUCCGCCGAAGGGUCACGUGACGUCCCGUCGGUCCCGCAAGAUGGCGGCGCCCAUGUUGGUGCCCGAGCCCCCCCUGGGGAAGCCGAGCCAUCAAAAGUACAGAGCUAUUCUGAAGAAGGAGAAGAGGAAGAAAAAGCGGCAGGCGCUUGCCAAACUAAGGGACUCAGAAGCUGCAGGAAAAGAUGAAUCUGUGUCUGAGGAGGAAGAAGAGGAAGUGGAAGAAGAGGAGGAAGAAGAGGAAGAAAAAAAACUUGAGGCAGAAAGACAAAAACUACAUGAGCAGUGGUUGCUGAGAGAAGAAAAGGCCCAAGAAGAGUUCAAGCUAAAGAGAGAAAAAGAAGAGGCUGCAAGAAAGCGUCAAGAGGAAGAAGAGAGGAAGAUCAAAGAAGAAUGGGAAGAGCAGCAAAGAAAAGAGAGAGAAGUGGCACAGCAGAAGCAACAGGAGAAGAGAGAGAGAGAGGCAGCUGUGCAGAGGAUGCUGGAUCAAGCUGAAAGCCAGCUGGAGAAUGGUGUGAGUUGGCAUAACCCAGAGCCCCCAGAGAAUCUGGGAACAGAGAAGGACAGAGCAAAUUGUCCAUUUUAUAUUAAAACAGGUUCCUGCCGAUUUGGAGACAGGUGUUCCCGCAAGCACAACUACCCCACAUCGAGCAAGACGCUGCUGGUGCGAGGGAUGUUCAUCACCUUUGGCAUGGAGCAGUGUCGCAGGGACGACUAUGACACAGAUGCCAGUCUGGAGUACAGUGAUGAGGAGACCUACCAGCAGUUCCUGGAGUUCUAUGAGGAUGUGCUCCCCGAAUUUCAGAAUGUGGGGAAGGUGGUUCAAUUCAAGGUCAGUUGCAACUAUGAGCCCCACCUGCGAGGAAAUGUGUACGUCCAGUACCAGUCGGAGAAGGACUGUCAGGCAGCUCUGGCUCUGUUCAGUGGACGAUGGUAUGCAGGCAGACAGCUUCACUGUGAAUUCUGUCCUGUGACGAGGUGGAAAACUGCCAUAUGUGGUUUAUUUGAAAGGCAGAAGUGUCCAAGAGGGAAACACUGCAACUUUCUUCACGUAUUCAAAAAUCCAAACAACGAGUUUUGGGAGGCCAACAGAGACAUACGUAUUUCUCCUGAACGGACUCAUCAGUUGUCUAAAAACUCUGAGAGGAGAAACCGCUCGAGCCAUCGUGACGACUAUUACAGCCGCUCCAGGAGGAGGGGCAGCCCCAGCCCCGACCAUUCCCACCGCAGGAACGGAGAAUCGGAGAGGAAGAAGAGUCGCCGCAAGAACAAGAGGCGGCACCGCUCGGGGCGGUCCAGGAGCCGGGAGAGGAGGAGGUCCCACAGCAGGGGCAGGAAGAGGAGAGGCCGCAGCCGCAGCAGGAGCCGCAGCAGGAGUCACAGUCGGACACGCAGCAGGAGCAGGAGCUCCUCUCGAUCCAGGAGCAGGGGUAAAAAGAGAUCAAGCAGCAGAGGAAAAAAUAGUGAAACUCCCAAAACAAAGUGAGAAUUACUUUCAGAAAUCACUAAUUGAUAAAAAUAGAGCUGAAAAAGAAAUCUUCCCAACAGGGUACCAGAUAUAUAUCUGAAUUUCAAAUAAAGUUUUGUUGCACAUUAAAAUGUUUCUUCCUAAUAAAGGAACGUAGUUUACUGUGUGCAAAGCUUGAGAAAAUUUAAAGUUUUCAGUCCUGUAGAAGGUGUGAAUGUCAAGUACUCUAGCUACUCUGUCCCUCUGAACAGCUGCAACACCUGGAUGCACACUGAGUGCAAAUAGAGAAGUGAAGCCUCUUUGG